CUAGGGCUCGCCAUGGGGAAGAGCAUCCUGGCAGUUUCCCACAGGAACAGCUUCUCAGAUACAAUGAUGACACUGAACAUUCCGAUCAUCUUUGGCCUCCUUUGCUGCAUGAUUUUUCUUCCUACAGAUGGCUUCCCAGCAGACAGCAGUACUGAAUUUCGCUCUGCUUUCUCUGUGGCCAGAACCAGCAGCAUGGAAGGGAGCUCUGAGAUGGUGAUUACCUUUGACAAAGUGUAUGUGAAUAUUGGCAAUGAUUUCGACCCCAAGACUGGGUUGUUCCGCUGCCGGAUCCCGGGAGCCUACUACUUCUCCUUCACCGUUGGGAAAUACCCAAAGAAAAACUUGUCUGUCAUGCUGAUGAGGAACAAGAAUGAGGUGCAGGUAAUUGUGUAUGACGAACAUCACCGCAAGGAACGGAAGGUGGCCAGCCAGAGUGCCAUGCUGCAGCUUGACUACGGGGACACCGUUUGGCUGCGCUUACACGGAGAUCCCAAGUACGCUCUUUACAGCAAUGUGGGCCCCUAUACCACUUUCAAUGGCUACCUGAUCUAUCCAGACACUUCUGCCUUCUUCCAGAAUGCUCUCAGCUCUCAAGAGCUUGGGCCACACCCUCACACAAUUCAGCAACUUCCCAGAGAGCAGAAUGAAGCUUCACAGCGACACGUGCUCUCUGACCAGCCAAACAGGGUACAAGACCCUCGCUCUGCCUUCUCUGUUGCCCGCACACAAAGUCUCCUGGGGACAGAUGAGAAGCAAACCCAGCACGAGCCAAUCACAUUUGAUACAGAGUUUGUGAAUAUUGGAAAAGAUUUCAAUUCCUCCACUGGCAUCUUCACAUGCCGUAUACCUGGUGCAUACUAUUUCUCCUUCACCAUUGGCAAAAUGCCCUUUAAGACUAUGUCAGUGAAACUGAUGAAGAACCACAAUGAGGUGCAGGCCAUGAUCUAUGAUGACAACCACUCCAAGAGGCGGGAGAUGCAGAGCCAGAGCAUCAUGCUGCCUCUGCAGUACGGGGACACGGUUUGGCUCUACAGCCAUCAGCACGAUGGCUAUGGUGCCUACAGCAACCACGGCAAGUACAUCACCUUCACAGGCUUCCUCAUCUAUUCAGAGGCUCAGCCAAAGUGGCUCCCAGGUGCCAGCUCACCUCAAGGGUCAAACAAUUAAAUGCAGAUGUGAAAGGCGCAUAAGAAGAGCCGAGGUGCCACGAACUUGAGUAUAGCUUCUCUGAAUGUCAUCCUCUACUUUGAGCAUGCUGUCAUGUGUCCAGUGCUUUCCUUACGCUGCACGCUUGUGCCCUGUCUGCAGGGCCACUGCUGUGUGUGCCAUUCAUCCGUAGAGAGGCCUUCCAGGUUGUAGCUGUGUGUCCCGUGUUGGUGUUUGAUUUAACAUAAAGCAUGAGGUAGCUUGGGGGCAGGGGUGGGACAGUGUAGUAUGAUGCUGAGGAUCAGAGAACUACUGCGGUCAGGGUACUGCAGAUCUCCAGCAUCCAGAGAGCAAAGGGCAUGGUGACUUUCCUUGUUUAUCCGGGGAGGGAAUAAAUGUAAUGAAAAUGAAUGUAAUAAAAAUACAAAAGAUG